AUGUCCGCCGAAGUCUCUCACGGUCGCGGGGGUGCAGGCAACUUCAAGCCUGACGAUACCGAGUAUGUCGACGGCGAGGUUGUUCGAACCGGCGUUGUUGGAAGCCACGGUGAUGGCGCGUACAGUUCUGGCCGUGGAGGUGCUGGCAACAUCGCUGACAUAGGCACACCCACCACCGAGCGCAAGGAUGUGGACAUCAUUCCCGAGACUGCUGUCCGACCAAGCCAAGACGGCCGAGACUACCAUACCGGUCGUGGAGGCGCUGGCAACGCGCAGACCGCAGGUUCUGAGAAGGAGUCCGAGGAGCACGAGAAGCCUGCGGUCAAGACUCCUGUUGGUCUUGCUGACAAGCUCAAGUCCAAGAUCUUUGGCCACAAGAAGUAG